AUUUUGAACAAGAAUAUGCAGUGUGUCACGCGCCUGAACUGAAUAAAGGCAACCAAAUUUCUUCAAUAUUCACCAUUCCUCGUCCCCACUCCCACGUGACUUCCUGAUUCCUCCACUACAAAAUCCAGCUGCUUCCCAAACUAAACCCUUCUCUCUCUCUCUCAAAAACACCAUCAUCGCAUCAUAACCAUUUGAGCUCUGCACAAAUAUGCGUUGCCUUUGCCACUAACUCAAAUGACAGACGCCUCUCUCUUCCUCUCCCUCCUCCUCUCUUUCGCCCUCUCUACUCUUUCCCAAACAACCACCUACCUUAUCCCAUCCGACGCCGUUUCUCUCCUCUCCUUCAAAUCAAAUGCCGACUUAGACAACAAGCUUCUCUACACACUCCACGAGCGUUUCGAUUAUUGCCAAUGGCAAGGUGUCAAAUGCGCACAAGGCCGUGUUGUACGUGUCGCGCUCGAGAGCUUCUCUCUACGAGGCACCUUCGCUCCCUACUCUCUCUCCCGGCUUGACCAGCUUCGCGUCCUUAGCCUCCAAAACAACUCGCUUACCGGUCCCGUUCCUGACCUUUCACCUCUCUAUAACUUGAAAUCUCUCUUUUUAAGCCAUAACUCCUUUUCCGCUUCUUUUCCUCCUUCUAUUUUGUUCCUUCAUAGGCUCACUGUUCUUGAUCUUUCUUUUAAUAAUUUCACCGGUUCGAUCCCGGUUCAGCUGUCUUCUCUGGACCGGCUUAACUCCCUCCAGUUAGAAUUUAACCGGUUUAACGGAACUCUCCCGCCGUUAAACCAGUCUUUAUUGGCGUUCUUCAAUGUUUCAGGUAAUAAUCUCACAGGCCCUAUUCCACUUACGCCUACUCUUUCGAAGUUCGAUACCUCGUCGUUUUCUUUAAACCCUGAUCUCUGCGGCGAGAUUAUUAACAAAGCAUGUGCUAGGCUUCGCUCUCCUUUUUUUGAUUCGCCAAAUGCCACGUCGCCGGCGGCUCCGUUAGGCCAGAGCGCUACGGCGGAAGGCGGCGGCGGAGUUGUAGUUUUGUCUCCGCCGGCGUCAUCGUCCCCGAAGAAACACAAGAGAACUAGUGUCAUUCUAGGGUUUGCUGUUGGUGUUGCUUUGUUAGUUUUAUCUCUUUUAUGCAUAUUUUUUAUUUUGCUUAGAAAACAAACAGAUUCAAAUGAGAAAGAAAAACGAACAUCGCAACCUGAAGCUUUUAUUAAUACAAAGAACGAUCAAAUUCAAGUAGAAAUGAAUAUGCAAACUAAAGACGUAAUUGAGAUUCAAGAACUGAAAAAACCGCAAAAGAGCGGUGGUUUAAUAUUUUGUGGAAAUAUGAGACAAAUGUAUACAUUAGAGCAGUUAAUGAGAGCGUCCGCGGAGUUACUUGGAAGGGGUACGAUAGGGACUACGUAUAAGGCUGUACUUGAUAAUCAGCUAAUAGUCACAGUAAAAAGGCUUGAUGCUAGUAAAACUGCUGUUACUAGUGCCGAUGCUUUCGAAUCGCAUAUGGAAGCUGUUGGUGGGCUUAAGCAUCCUAAUUUGGUGCCGAUUGUGGCUUAUUUUCAAGCUAAAGGAGAGAGACUUGUGAUGUAUGAAUAUCAGCCCAAUGGCAGCCUCUCGAAUCUUAUUCAUGGUUCAAGAUCGACAAGAGCAAAACCUCUACACUGGACAUCAUGCUUAAAAAUAGCAGAAGAUGUGGCCCAGGGUCUUGCCUACAUCCACCAAGCAUCAAAGCUAGUUCAUGGCGACCUGAAAUCAUCCAAUGUUCUCCUUGGACCUGAUUUUGAGGCCUGCAUCACAGACUAUUGCCUUGCCAGCCUUGCAGACACUUCCACUACUGAAGAUCCCGACUCCACAGCAUGUAAAGCACCUGAGACCCGCAAUUCUAACCGUCGAGCUACUUCUAAAUCUGACGUUUAUGCAUUUGGCGUCCUAUUACUUGAGCUUUUGACUGGUAAACAUCCAUCUCACCAUCCUUUUCUUGCGCCUGCUGAUAUGUUGGACUGGGUCAGAACAGUGAGGGAAGGUGAUGGCGCAGAAGAUAACCAGCUUGGAAUGCUUACUGAAGUUGCCAGUGUUUGUAGCUUGACAUCACCAGAACAGAGACCGGCAAUGUGGCAGGUGCUGAAGAUGAUACAUGAGAUAAAGGAAAGUGUCAUGGUAGAGGACAAUGCAGCUGCUGGAUAUUCAUAGUGGUUUACAUGAUUGGAUACAUAGAAAUCAUGAACUCGGGUGAUCCAAAUCAUAGCUCCGGAAGGUAGUUAUUUUUCCAGAGGAAUUUUAACCGGAAAUGAUGCGGUCCACUAUCCAAGAAUGAGAUUUGACAAAAGGAGGCUACAAGAACAUUAGUGGGAUGUCAUGUUUAUAUGGCAGAUAAAUCAUGCGUUGUAAAGAAUUCUACUAUUCUUUUCCGUGGAGUGUUAUCAUUUUGAAGCUUGCUUCUUCA